CUGGGGCGCAGACUACUUCCCACGCCCUAUCGCAAGCCGUCCACCGGCCACGAUCAGCACCCGCUGAGGGAUGUGAAGUGGCGAUCGUCCGAUCUGUAUGGCCAAGUCUUCUUUCAUAUGGCGGUGGAUGUCGGCCGGAGAUUUGGCUUCGAUUCUUCCUUCUGCUUCAUAUGGCCAAGUCUUCUGCCUCUAAAUGUUGUCGGCGGCUACCCACGCCUUCAAUCGAGCCGUCGAGCCACGGUCCCCGCCAGCCACGGACAGUCUAUCUCGGUCGUCGCUGUCGAUUUUGGAUUGAGAUGUGUGGAUGAAAAGAGUUUGAGAAAAAAGGGAAACAAUUUAGGGUUUUGGUCUCUCUGCGCGAAGGAAGAAUGA